AGUGUCGCUCGGACCGUGCUGAGGGAAGGGCGCGUCAGUACCGCCCUCCAGAGCCGACACCACGUGACGUCCGUGCACCGGGUCCUACGCUACACACAGACGGCCACGUGACAGUGCCGCUACCGUCUCAGUAACGGGGGUGCGUUCUGCGUCAUCACGUGGCCCAGUUUGAUCGAGUCGAGACAUCUGCUGCCGGGAGCCGCCGCCGCCUCGUCGCAGCCACACCGUCAGCGUCAGCGUCACCGCCACCGUCAGACUGUGCCGGGGUGCGCGUGGUGCUUAGAACACAGACGCCCGCUCGCAUGUGCCUCAUUGGCGAAUUUGCGGCUGCCCGACGGUAUCAGGGUGUGGGUGUUUGGGUCGCAGAUCGUCUGGUAAGCGCUCAGUGACUGGAAUUGAUCGCUGGUUUACCGUUGACGGCACGUGAGCAGUGGAUCAUGGGUAGUGAUCGGUGAUAAAUGGUUAGUGAUCAGUGAUCAGCUGCAGUGCUCAGUGCUAGUGGACGUGCAGCGGACCGGUGAGGUGUCCCGGGUGGUUCUGGAAGUGUGAGACAGAACCCGUCUUUAGAGCCCGAAGACAGACUGAUUCGUAUCGGUGCGGCCGGUCGACAGAGUGGUCUGUGUGACCGCGGACCAGGACCAUGAGGACGGCACUGCUGGCGUCACUGCUCUGCUGGUCCGUCGUCACGGCCGACCUCCGGCUCAGCAAGGACAUGCCGAACGUGUGCGAGUACCGAGCAGUCGACUAUGAGGGCAACGGAAAACCCAAAGUCUACCAUUUCAAACACAGGGGUCAACAUGUUUUCCGCUACCGAAAGCAGUUCUUGCCGAGAGUCCGAGUCGUGUACCGCUGCUGCCAGGGCUGGUCCCUGUCGCACAAGGAAGGAUGCAUCAUUGAUUGGGACGAAUGCGGCACGGACAACGGCGGCUGCUCGCACACAUGCGUCAACACCCGCGGAUCCUUCCUCUGUCUCUGUCCGGAGGGGAUGAGACUCGGAGGCGACCGACUCACCUGUCAAGCCGUCGGCCCAUGUACAAACAACAAUGGCGGCUGCAGCCACACCUGUGAGGAGCUCGACGGCCGGGCGCGCUGUCACUGUCAUCCCGGCUUCUCCCUGGGCGCUGACGGCCGGUCGUGCGAGCUCAACGCGUGCACCCGGAACAACGGUGGCUGUCAGCACGUGUGUGACCUGAGGUCAGGUCGGGUCAGCUGCUCGUGUCACGGCGGCUACCGACUGGGCGCCGACGGAGCUUCUUGUGAAGACAUUGAUGAGUGCAGUGAGCUGUCACCUUGCAGCCAGCUGUGUACCAACACACCGGGGUCGUAUGUGUGCCACUGCCGGCCGCACCACCGUCUCAGCGGAGACGACCGGACCUGCCACAGUGUGUACACAGUGCUCGUGGACAAGUGCCUCGAUGGCAACGGAGGCUGUGAGCACAUGUGCACGGCGUCGGAGUCGGGUGUGCAGUGCUCGUGUCACCCGGGAUAUCGGCUGGGAGACGACCAGCGCAGCUGCCAGGACGAAGAUGAGUGUUCCGGGGGCGCCCAUAGAUGUCAGCACCAGUGUGACAACAUCCCGGGCAGCUACCGGUGCUCCUGCAGGGUCGGCUACCUGCUGCUGGACGGACAGCGCUGUCAGGACAUGGACGAGUGUUCUGUUCAGAACGGCGGCUGUGAGCACGACUGUUCCAACACGGCCGGAUCUUACCGCUGCUCGUGUCGCGAGGGGUACCAGCUGGAGGUCGACCAGCACUCCUGCUCCAUUGUGGCCAGCUGGCAGGGCGAUGGACCGACAGCAUCCGACACAAGACUCCGAGCGCUCGACAAUCACCGGCAAGGCGACUGCCCGCUGGGCUAUACCGGCCACCAGUGCCGGGAACACUGUCCGUUGGGCACCUUCGGGGAGGGAUGUAACCAGCUCUGUCUGUGCCAGAACGGAGGCACCUGCCAUCAUGUCACCGGUCACUGUAGCUGCCCGCCAGGAGUCAGUGGCAAGAGAUGCGAGGAGGGCUGUCCUGCCGGCCGUUUUGGCCAGAACUGUGAAAAACGGUGUCCAGUCGGCUGUCCAAGAAACAGGUGUAACCGGUAUUCUGGAUACUGUGAGUGCCCACCGGGCUACUUCGGACCCCAGUGCGCCGAGACGUGUCCCUGGGGCACCUUUGGUGUCAACUGUCAGAGCAAGUGCGACUGCCACCGGCCGCACACCAUCCGCUGUGACGCAGAGACCGGCCAGUGCAUCUGUAGACCGGGCCAUUCUGGAGAAAAGUGCCGGGAACUGUGCCCCGCCGGCACGUUCGGCGCUGGCUGUGCCGAACGCUGCUCCAACUGCCCCAGUGGAAAGUGUCAUCAUACAUCGGGAGAAUGCGUAAAAUCAACAGACACAGGAAACAAUGAGGAUAACUCACUCGGCAAUGGAAUCGAACAGUCGAAGAGACCCAAAAGAAGAAAACGGUGCCGGUGCCCGGGCGGGGAGUGCAACGAAGAGGGUCGCUGUGUCUGCCCGCCGGGAUUCCGGGGCAGGAGAUGUCGGAGGCCGUGCCGCCGGAACCGUUUCGGCCCCAACUGCCGGUACCGGGGCCGCUGUCGGAACGGGGGCGCGCUGGACCACGUGACCGGUACCUGUUCGUGUGCAGCCGGCUUCUUCGGCCGGGUGUGCGCCUCCAAAUGCCCCGAGGGCUACCACGGCCGGCACUGCGCCGAGGUGUGCCUAUGUUACAACGGCGGUCGGUGCGACGCCGUCAGUGGGGCCUGUCUCUGUCCGCCCGGCUACAUGGGCCAGCUCUGCCAACACGUCUGCCCUCAGGGUCAGUACGGCCAGGACUGCCGGUCGGCCUGUGUCCGGACACCCUGUGACCCCGUGUCCGGCCGGUACCCGUGUCCGGCCGGCCGCGCCGGGCCCGGGUGCGAGUUGUCCUGUCCGGCAGGACGGUACGGGCCCGGCUGUGCACGCCGCUGCCGCUGUCCGGCCGGUGUGAACUGUGACCCGGUCGAAGGUCACUGUCUCUGCGGUCCCGACCGGCUGGGCACACGGUGUCAGACCACUAAUGAAUUUUACGUGUUACGAAACGCAACUCUUGGAGAGCCACGUGAAGAUCUUUAGUUCCUUCAGCUAGCCAGUUUGGCGGGCAAGGACAGCCGGGACCCUUCUGGGUCAGUCGAGGCUGCCUCUGGGGAAGUCGAAACGCCUCUGAGGCAGCCGGAUCGGAGCUCCGCUGAGGCAGUCCUGAUCUCCCUCUGAGGCAUUCGACUGUCGAACUGGCGGAACAGCGGAGCCUUCUUGGGCUCCUCAAUGUGAUGGUUCAGUGCAGCUUUAGGGAGGCUGUCCUGAGACAGUCCUCCCUUCGAGUGACGCUCGUGAAUGACGCUCGUGCCAAUAGUGUGAAAAUGCAAUGCUUCCAUACCUGUGACUAAGCUGUAGCUCUAGUGCGGUUCAUCGUUCCGAUGAAUUCGAAAAGUCUGUCGUAUCGCUAUUGCUUGGACACUUUGAUGUUCAAACUCCGUAUUAUUUACAUGUUGCUUUUUAUCAGCAUAGUGGAGUCGGUUGCAAAAAGUGUUUUAUAUUACAUGUUCAAUGUUAAUCUUUGCAUUCUGCCAGUUGCUUGAAAGGGUGGCUGCAUGCUUGUAGCUUUGGUGCGUGAAGGCUCCGCCGAGCGCGAACCCCAACGCUUUUAAACUUUACUGACUGACAGAGAGUGGCACGGUGCCAGAGUUUGUGAUAACAUGUGUUGAGCAGAUGUACGAGUGACCUUGACCUUCUGACCUUGUUUGUUUGUUUGUUUGUUGCCGGAGAAUGCCGCGAGGUAGACUGUUUGUUAUGUGCUUGACCUCUCAUCGGCCAGUGGGCAGACAAUACAUCGCGCAUGAAUGACGCUUUUCGUGACA